AUGCGGCCCGUCGCUUCCACCGUGCUGCUGCUCCUCGUUGGUGCUGCUGUGGUUCUUGCGUCUCCCAAGCGGCGCCAUGCCACCGGUACCACGGCUGUGGUGCUAGCCGACCUUGAUCGUGAUGCUGCUCUUGACGUCGUAGCCACCGGUUACGACUACGGCGUCGUGCCGUGGUUCCGCAACAACAACGGGACGUUCGAGUCGUCGCGCGUUGUCGCCCGCGGGCUCGCCACCGCCUACGAUCUCGCCGUGGCUGACUUUGAUGGUGACGGUGACAGCGACGUCGCCGUCGUCUCCUUUCCCAUCCACACUGUGAUGUGGUUUGCCAACAACGGUCUCGGCGUCUUUGACGCAGGCUCCAUCGUUGACUCGGCCGUGACCGGCGCGCGACGUCGAUGGCGAUGGGACAAUGGACCUCGUCUCGGCCGCACAGAGCGCCCGGCAAGUUGCGUGGUACCAAAACAUGAGCGGUUCCGCAUUCGCGCCGACAUCAACAGCGACAGCGCGUGCGACAUCGUCUCGGUCUCGCGCAACGACAAUACUCUGGCGUGGAACGAGAGCCUCGGCAACGGCACCUUUGCUGCUCGCACCAUUCCGGCAACGGUGCUGCUCGCACCAUUGUCCACAUUACAUGGCGACGGAGCCGUCGCCAUCGCGCCGCUUGCGGCGCUCACCCGCGCGUUCCUCAUCACCCUUCUUUCCAUGGCUAUCUCAUGGCUUUUCAUUCCGACCAGCCUCUACUGA